CUCGGGGCCGGCAGCGGCGGGGCGGGGAGCGGCGCGGACUCCCGGGGUCUCAUGGUCAAGCAUGGACCCUGUUGCUACCCACAGCUGCCACCUCCUGCAGCAAUUGCACGAGCAGCGGAUCCAAGGCCUGCUCUGUGACUGCAUGCUGGUGGUGAGAGGAGUCUGCUUCAAAGCCCAUAAGAAUGUGCUGGCGGCCUUCAGCCAGUAUUUCCGGAGCCUCUUUCAGAAUUCCUCAAGCCAGAAGAAUGAUGUUUUCCACUUGGAUGUUAAAAACGUCAGCGGCAUAGGGCAGAUCCUGGACUUCAUGUACACGUCCCACCUGGAUCUUAACCAGGAUAAUAUACAAGUGAUGUUGGACACGGCACAGUGUCUGCAGGUUCAGAAUGUGCUGAACCUGUGUCACACGUUUCUGAAGUCCAGCCCUGUGGACCAGCCUCCUGGCCUGCCCUGCGCUGGGACCUUCUCCCUGCAAGGGGCGCUCACCCCAGAUGCUGCCUGUGUCAUGAGCGAACACUUCCCUCCUCACUUACUGCAGGACUGUUCAGCAGAGGCCCAACCUGGGAAGGUUCUGGAUGGGUCGCAUUCCCAUGCUCCGUCCGACAGUCUCCAUCAUUCCACAGGGGAAAUGUCAAAGCAAGCCCCAGAGGCUCUAGACGGCAGCUGCGCAGAGCCGCCUUGCAAGCAGCCCAAUUACUAUUACAAACUGCGAGACUUGUACAGCAAGCAGUACUACAAACAGGCCGCUUGUCCCAGCCAGGAGCGGGUGGCUGAGCAGCCCUUCGCCUUCAGCGCCUCCGCAGAUCUGGCAGCCGUGGAAACGCAGCCGUGUGCAGUCAGUCAUCCCGAAUGUCUACUGGAGACUUCAGAGGACCUGCCCUCCACCUUCCUGGCCCCACCGCUCAGUGACUCUGCCCCAGACCCUGAGUCAGAUGCCCCCUGCCAGCCGCCCACCAGGCAGAUGAGGCUUAAAAAGGCUGUUCACCUGAAGAAGCUCAAUUUCCUCAAGGCACAGAAAUCAGUUGAGCCAGCAAUGGACCCCAGCUCAGAUGAUGGCUUGGCAAAGAGGGUAGAACCUGCUAGUGAAGACCAGGGAGAGAAAGCUCACAGCCCACGCACUGAAGCAAAAGAACUCGGAGAACUAGCCUCUGAGGACUUGAAUUGUGGCAUCGGUGGGAUGGAGAGGCCCGAGGCCCCGGCCGCCCUGGAGGAGCAGUCCCAGGCCCUUCAGUGCCAGAGACAGUAUGCGUGUGAACUGUGUGGGAAACCCUUUAAACAUCCAAGCAAUUUGGAGCUGCACAAACGUUCUCAUACAGGUGAGAAACCUUUUGAAUGUAACAUUUGUGGGAAACAUUUCUCUCAGGCAGGUAACUUGCAGACUCACUUACGUCGACAUUCUGGUGAAAAGCCAUACAUCUGCGAGAUCUGUGGAAAGAGGUUUGCAGCGUCUGGGGAUGUACAGCGCCACAUCAUCAUCCACUCAGGAGAAAAGCCCCACUUGUGCGACACCUGCGGCCGAGGCUUCAGCAACUUCAGCAACCUGAAGGAGCACAAAAAGACGCACACGGCUGACAAGGUGUUCACCUGCGACGAGUGUGGCAAGUCCUUCAACAUGCAGAGGAAGCUGGUGAAGCACCGGGUGCGGCACACCGGGGAGCGGCCCUACAGCUGCUCGGCCUGUGGGAAGUGCUUCGGGGGCUCGGGCGACCUGCGCCGGCACGUGCGCACGCACACCGGGGAGAAGCCGUACACCUGCGAGGUCUGCAGCAAGUGCUUCACCCGCUCCGCCGUGCUCCGGCGCCACAAGAAGAUGCACUGCCGGGCGGGCGCCUCGAGCCCGGACGUGCUGGACGAGCUGGGCCAGGCCAUCGAGCCCGCCGACUCCUUCGCCCAGGACGUGGCCGUCACACUGAUGCCCGUGUCGGUCAAGCUGCCCGGGCACCCGGUGGAAAACGCCGUGGCGGAGUUUGCCAACCACGCCACGGAUUCCUGCUGUAAGUUACGCUCCAUGCUCCACCCUCCCGGCUUGAGUGAGCAGAAACUGAGCGCCGACCCCGCGAAGCUGGCAAAGCCCCAGGCGCCGCCCGGCCCGCCGCAGGCGUUCACCUACUCAGACGCGGACGCCCCGGCCGGCAGCGAGCCUCUGCAGGGCGACAGCAUGGCCAUGAUCCGCUCCUCGCUGGCCGCGCUCGACCACCACUGCACUGACCCGCUGGGCGGCCGCACAGCCUCCACGGCCUACCGGAACUCCGAGGGCCAGUUCUUCUCCAGCAUGACGCUCUGGGGGCUGGCGAUGAAGACCCUGCAGAACGAGAACGAGCUGGACCAGUGACGGGGCACACCCGCCUACCCCACCCCGGACCCUCCCCCCCUCCCCGCGCCCGGGCUCCUCCCACCGCUGGAGAGGCGGUGAUCUCCCUCCCGAUGAGGACGGGUCACCUGGGCUCCGGGGCUCGGGUGGGAGAGAGGCGCGCUGGACCCCCGCAUAGGCAGCCCGGGGCCCAAGCGUCCCCUCAGCUUCCGCCCGUGUGAGGCCGUCCUGUGGCAACUACUGUACACCUCGGUCGUGUUAAAAGAAGUAUGUAUCGCAAGACACAGAUUAUUUUUACAUUUUUAUAAAAUGGGAAUUUGUACCAUCUUGUAUUUUAAAAUAUUUACACAGAUUCUAUUUGGAUAUGAACUCAGUAAUUUAAUUUGAAUAAAUGAGUUUUCUAUAUAA